AUGGCUGCGGUAGCUACCAACCGCUACAUUGAGCUUGCUAAGGCGCUGCACCCUCGCCUGCAGCGAUUCCUAGCCAAGUACCCGCCAACAAACAUCCUCCCGGCCACGACGAGGACGAAUACCGUCGCAGCCACCGACGGCGAAGUGCCCAACCCCUUCCUACCUCACAAGCACCCAGCCACCGGCAAGUGGCAAGAACCAGAGUAUUCCUUGCGUCGCCAAGCAGAGCUGGUCAAGCUGGCACGGGAAGCAGGCGUUGAGGAGCUGCUGCCAUUCACCAACAAGGGCACGGAGGAGCGGAUACGGAAGAGAGUCGAGGAAGGUCUCAGAGUCAAGGGUACUGGUGUUGGACAGAAGGUCAAGGGUCACUUGCACGAGAGAAUGCUUGCUACAAAGAUGGAGAAGAGACGUACAGCUAUCUUGGGAAUGCCGAAAUUGGUCAAGGAAUGGCGGAAAACAGGUACACACAAAUGGUCCAAGUUCCCCAGGUAA